CCACCGCCCAUAUUUUUUUCCUGGCCGUUUUUUUGUUCUUCUUCUUCUCCCUCGUCGUCGUCUCUUUUAUACUAAAUUUCAGAGAUCCGACAACAUUAAACAACCUCUGUUAAUUCCAAGAAAGAAGGAACGAUAUUUUUGUUUUUCGUUUCUUGGAUUCGUGACCCGACAAGGCCAUUAAUCGCAGCGGCUCCGGGCCGCCGAGCGUGUUGUAGGCGGUUGCGGAGGCUGCAUUUCCUAUAUCGUCUCUGUCAUUUCCCUUUGUUUUUUCUGAGAUUGAGGAUUUAGGGUUUCUUCGGAAGGAGCGAGGCAAAAGAAAUCUUAGAUUUAUCGAUUAUGAGUACCCAAACGGUGCCACCUUCAUCGGGAAGGAGGAGCACUUCCAGUGUACGGCGAGGCCCGUCGGCAUCGAAGAAACCAGUCCAAUCGGAUAACGGAAGCGUCAAUGGAAGCGUGAACGGAAACACAUCGAAGCCCAAUUCGCCUCCUGCUCCACCGCUUGCUAAUGGAGAGAGAACAGUGAAGAAGCUAAGGUUGUCCAAAGCUCUCACUAUUCCUGAGGGAACCACGGUGUCCGAUGCUUGUAGGCGGAUGGCAGCUCGACGUGUUGAUGCAGUUUUGUUGACCGAUGCCAAUGCUCUUCUUUCGGGGAUUGUUACUGAUAAGGAUAUAGCCACAAGAGUUAUUGCAGAAGGGCUGAGACCAGAGCAAACCACAGUGUCAAAGGUCAUGACCCGGAACCCUAUUUUUGUCACUGCAGAUUCUCUGGCCAUUGAGGCUCUUCAGAAAAUGGUGCAAGGCAAAUUCAGGCACUUGCCCGUUGUAGAGAAUGGUGAAGUCAUAGCUUUGUUGGAUAUUACCAAGUGCCUCUAUGAUGCUAUUUCGAGGAUGGAAAAAGCCGCGGAGCAAGGCAGUGCUUUAGCUGCUGCAGUGGAAGGUGUGGAGCGUCAGUGGGGAAGCGGAUAUUCUGCUCCAUAUGCUUUCAUUGAAACUUUGAGGGAGCGGAUGUUCAAGCCUGCUUUGUCUACUAUAAUAACCGAAACUUCAAAGGUUGCACUUGUAUCACCGUCGGAUCCUGUCUAUGUAGCAGCGAAAAAGAUGCGGGAGUUUCGGGUUAACUCUGUCGUCAUCACGAUCGGGAACAAAGUUCAGGGGAUUUUAACUUCAAAGGACAUUCUGAUGCGAGUUGUGGCCCAAAAUUUGUCUCCUGAACUGACCCUUGUCGAAAAGGUAAUGACACCAAAUCCAGAAUGCGCGGCGUUGGAAACGACAAUUCUCGAUGCUUUGCAUAUUAUGCAUGACGGGAAGUUUCUUCAUCUUCCUGUUCUAGAUAAAGAUGGGUCACCUGCGGCUUGUGUGGAUGUUCUUCAGAUAACUCACGCAGCUAUUUCUAUGGUUGAGAACAGUACAGGAGCUGUUAAUGAUAUGGCAAAUACAAUGAUGCAGAAGUUUUGGGAUUCGGCACUUGCCUUAGAGCCUCAGGAUGAUUUUGAUACUCACAGUGAAAUGUCUGCAAUGAUGCAUUCGGACGGUGCAGAGACAGGGAAGCAGUCCUUUUUAUCGGUAGGACUUGGGAACUCGUUUGCCUUCAAAUUCGAAGAUCUCAAGGGCCGUGUUCAUCGGGUUACUUCAGCUCCUGAAAAUCUGGAAGAGUUGAUGACUAUGGUGAUGCAAAGAAUUGGCAAUGGCGAUGACAACAAUCUUGAACGCCCUCAACUUCUGUACGAGGACGAUGAAGGCGACAAGGUUCUAAUCACGGCAGACGGCGAUCUCACCAGCGCUGUUACAGCAGCUAAGUCCGCCGGGAAAAAGGUCUUGCGGCUACAUCUGGACUUUACUGAAUCAACGGAUGGGCAAAAGGGUAAUAAGCAAAUGAACACGACGGAAUCUACGAGUGGAGGGGGCGGAUGGGUGACUUGGCAAGCCGGCGUGGUGGCGGGGGGCGUCGCGGUAAUGAGUAUCGGUGGUCUGAUCUACUUGAAACGUUCCAAGAUUUGAGGAUGGAACCUAAACCUAAACGGUUCGAGGAAAAAAAACCACUGUUUCGGCCGAGUUGAAGAACUUAAAGUACUUUACUUGGUUGUCUUUUUUUUUUUUUGUCCCCCCCGGAAGAUAUUUAAAGUUGGAGAAGAAGAA